AUGGCAUCCAAUAUCCUGCAGAUUCCGUUUCGACGCACUCACAAUGUCUCCCUUUCCGAUGCGAUCACCCAAUAUAUCUCUGAGAAAUAUGAUCAGCGUCCAGAUAUGUUUGCGGAUGAUCUCUUGAUCAUUGAUCGUCUGCGCGUCGAGGCUAUCAAUGUUCAAGAACCACACGUCAGUGGCAUCAGCCGGCUUGUCACAUAUGCAGCACAGUUGAAAUGGUUGGGUGGGAAGUUCCCGGUGGACGUUGGAGUCGACUUUUCGUGGUAUCCCGCAUUCGGAUUCAAUACAUCAAGACCCAUCUCGCAGAAUAAUCUUCGCUUUGAGCUUGCUAAUAUAAUAUUUAAUAUCGCCGCAUUAUACUCGCAGUUGGCCUUCUCUCUCAACCGGACUACCUCCGAUGGACUCAAACAAGCCUGCAACUACUUCUGCCAAGCUGCGGGCACAUUAGCUCAUCUUCGGACAGAAAUUAUGUCUGACCUCCGCGCGUCUCCUCCGGAGGAUAUGGACGAUAUGACGCUCCAGAGUUUGGAACAACUUCUGCUCGCGCAGGCACAGGAGUGUUUCUGGCAGAAGGCUAUUAAGGAUGGGCUAAAGGACGCCUCGAUAGCGCGGCUGGCUGCGAAAGUUUCAGACUUCUAUGGUGAUGCUAGUGAGUUUGCAGUCAAGUCCAAUGCUAUCAGUGUCGACUGGAUCCACCACAUGACUGCGAAGCAUCACCAUUUCGCUGCUGCGGCGCAGUACCGCCAAUCUCUAGACUGUCUGGAGAAGCGCAAGUACGGUGAGGAGGUUGCCCGCUUGAGGGACAGUUUGUCUUGUGUCAAUGAAGCCUUGAAGGAAUCCCGUUGGAUCAGUCGAGUCGUGCUGGGAGACUUGAACGGUCUAAAAGCCCGCGUGUCGGAAGACUUAAAACGCGCAGACAAAGACAACGAUGUUAUUUAUCUGCAGGCAGUGCCGCCAAAGUCGGAGCUGAAAAGUAUCGACCGCGCGAGUAUGGUAGUGGCCAAAGCACCGUCCCAGGUCACAGAUGCUAUUUCCAUGCUUGGGGACAAUGGACCUCUGGGCCAACCGCUCUUCUCCAAGCUUGUGCCAUAUGCAGUCCAUAUUGCUGCUAGUAUAUAUUCUGAUCGCCGUGACCGGUUGGUCAAUGAGACCAUUAUCGGUGAAUUGGAGUCCAUGACGGAUAAACUUCGAGAUCUCUUAUCAUCGCUAAAUUUGCCUGGUUCUUUACAAGCCCUUGAAAAGCCACUCGGACUGCCGCCGACCCUUGUAUCCCAUGCGGAAGAAAUGCGACAACAGGACGGCCUAAACCGAUUACGGAGGUCAUUAUCAGAUACUGCCAAAGUCAAAGCCAACGAUAAGGCUGUAUACAACGAAGGGGUAGAAAUAUUGGCUGCAGAAAAAGCCGAAGACGACGCCGCGCGAAAGAAGUACGGAACGGAUAGGUGGGAUAGAGAGCCAUCGGAGACCGCGGCUAAGAAAGUCUACAACACAGCGAAUGAAAUAAAUGGUUACUUCACCUCUGCUCAGAGCAGCGAUGAGCUUGUGGAGGGGAAGUUGAAGGAUUUCGAGCCCAUCUUCAAGGUUCUUACUGGUACCAACAGAGACCUAGAGACGUACGUUCCCAGCAGUAGAAGGGCUGCUAUCACGCCAGAGGUUGAGCGGGAAUCGAAUCAGCUCAGGAACUGUCUAAACGAAGUGAGCUGGGUAGAAGGUAAACGGAAAAGGAGGAUACAAACAUUGAAGGAGAAGGCUAGAUCCGAUGAUAUCAACUCCGCGCUUCUCAAAGAAACUGCGCGUCUAGAACGAGAAUUUCCCAUGCAACCAAUCCAGGCGAGCCAGUUUGAAGACCUGUUCGAACAGCGACUGCAUCUAUAUGACUCGGAUUUGGAGCUGCUAGCACAAGAACGAAACGAGCAAGAUCAGAUUGCCGAGAAGGUGCGCGAAGCCAACCACGCCUUCAACAAGGCGCGCAUGGGUGACUCUUCAACCAAGGAGCGAGAGAGGGCCCUUCAGGAGCUGGAGAAUGGAUACUUGAAGUACAAGGAAAUUAUCUCCAAUAUUGAGGUAGGAAGGAAGUUUUACAAUGAUCUAGCGAAGAUCGUUGGACGGUUCAGGGAUGAAUGCAAAGUCGUCGUGCACCAGCGCAGAAUGGAAGCAAGUCAGAUGGAAGCCGAGAUCUCCAAUAUCUCCGCUAUGGCAACCCUUAACAUUUCUCAAGCCCAUCUCCGGCCUCAAACCCAACACUCCACAAGCCAUAAUAACUCGGCUUAUAUUCGGAGCCAACCACAACCACAACCAGUGCUACAGCCUCAGCCUCAACCUCCCAUGCAACAACCGAUACAGCCACAGGAACAGCGGCAACCCUCACGCCCUCACGCGACAGAGGAGCCCCUUACGGCUCCCCAACCGACCCGCGCCCCUGUUCCACCACCACAGGUCCCAGCGCCGGGUCUAUGGUCCCCAGAGAUAGGAAUCCGGUUUGGUGGCCCAGCUCCUCCUCCAUCCCAGGGCCAGAUUGCUGGGAGAGGACAGGGACAAGUUUCUGGCAAAUGGGAUCCGAAUCAGGGGAUAAGAUUCUCUUGA